UUCUGCCACAACACAUCUGUAAAGAAGACAGAAAAAUGGCUGACUUCAGGAAAGUCUGUCCUGGGUCUCUGCCCUAUGUUAACGUUUCGCGAAAAGUGUCUGUUCAAGGGAAAGUUUUUAUCCUCCUAUGUAUAAUAUUGGCCGAACCCGGAGGAGCUACCACCCACUGGGUUGUCACUGAAGAUGGAAAGAUUCAACAGCAAGUACGUUAAUGGCCCGUGUUUAUAUCCGUAUUUUGCUAACUAGCUAGCCGUUAGCUUCUCUGCUAGCAAGCUAACUACUUUAUCACAGAUAGCUAGAACCAGUAUCUUUGACUUUAGUUUGCUCUUCCUAGGAUUUGCUUACACGGCUGCAGGCUCAUACUAGCUUGCCAAUCAUUGAUUGCUAAUUAGCUACUUAAGUCCCUCUCUGGGACUUUCGCUAGCACAGUAAUGCAAUGCUGACCCCCUAAGGGUACUGACCUGCCUUUAACUUGAACUAACGUUAAAGUAGUUCGCUAGAGAACGGGGUCUCUGGGUAAGCUAGCUAACUUACAUGUUAGCUAACUCUAACUAACUAAAGGCAUCCAACCAUCCUAGAAAAACUGAAAUAAAGCCAACUAGUGAUAGAUGAUUGGUAGGUAGCAAGUUGGCAAGCUAGCUAAUUAGCUACUGGGGUCAAAGAUAAUGGGCAUAACUGACCUGACAGACCCAGCAUUGGCACAGCCAGCUAGUUAUUAACUUCAAUGCAACCAGGAGUUUUGACAUCCAGCACAAUGUCGAAACUCUCUUGGUUGCAUCGAAACUAUCUAGCUAGGUGAAUUGAAUGGAAAACUGUGCUUCGGCUUGAUGUAAGCGCACAAAUAAAAGGGGUUUAGAAAAAAGUAUAUCUGAUGUAACAUAAUAAUAAUAAUAUAAUAAUAUGCCAUUUAGCAGACGCUUUUAUCCAAAGCGACUUACAGUCGUGCGUGCAUACAUUUUUGUGUAUGGGUGGUCCCGGGGAUCGAACCCACUACCUUGGCGUUACAAGCGCCGUGCUCUACCAGCUGAGCUACAGAGGACCACAACCUUUGUAUCUAUAUACAACUAAUCUAAAGCUGAGCUACAGAGGACCGUAACCUUUGUAUCUAUAUACAACUAAUCUAAAGUAUCCACUUACACUUAACGUUUAGAAGGGCAUCACAUGUUCAGACUAUUUAGCGAUUGACAUUAUGUCAGCCGUGGCCAAACUAUCUAACACAGAUGGUUUGGGAAAAACCAAAGAUGACCUAGUUACUACUACGUCAUAUCGAUGUCAAGUCAGCCAGGUUGCUCUGCCUCAAUUUUGUUUUGGUGUUGUCUCACUUCAUGUGUACUGUGGUCAGCGAACUCAGAGGUGUUUAGGCUUUUGGGUCAAGUCAUGGAGUGAAAAGAAGUACUGUCACUGUUUAUUUUGAGACAAACAUUUUCUGUUUUUUUGCAGGUUGACUCUCCUUUGAAUCUUAAACAUCCACAUGACCUUGUCAUCUUCAUGCGACAGGAGACCCGUGUCAACUACCUGAAGAAGUUAGAGGUGAUGACUCAUAGCCUAUUGCUCUACUUCCUGGUUUUACAAUGUUAGUCCAAGGCCUCCCCAGUGUUAAAUAUGUAUACUGCUGUGCUCUCCCUUACUUGAAAGAUGCAAUAUCUACAAUAUUCACAUCUGUUCAAUGGUCAUUUAAUACUCAUAGAUUAUUGAAGAACAUAUUAGAUCACAUCAGAUGGGAAACCUGUCUUCCUUUCUUUUUCCUCCAGUAAGAUAUAGCAUUGCUUUCAAAUCAAGCCACACUGAAAGGUCUGAAUCUCAUGUCUCUGACCUCUGCUUUGUGCAGAAGCAGCUUGUCGCUCAGAAGAUUCACAUUGAGGAGAAUGAGGACAGGGACACUGGCUUGGAGCAGAGGCACUAUAAAGAGGAUGCCGACUGUGUCACGGCUAAAGUUCCCCUGGGAGACUUGGAUCUCUACGAUGGUACCUACAUCUCUCUGGAGAGUAAAGACAUCAGGUAAGCCCAGGCUGGGCACUCUUGACCAAUCAUUUAGUUAUUACUAAUUUGCCCUCACCUAACUCAUUAUCAAGGGGAAGCACUGAUAAGGGAUGUUGACAUAUGUCAUCAGGGCGUGUAAUGAAUCCAUUGGUCGUGCUCCAAAACGGCUUCAUCUUAUCGUUGACAUUGACCGAUGACAUGAGUCAUUUUAAAUUUUUUGGGUGAUCAACAUUUUUAUUUUCAACAACAUACAGUGUACACACAUUGGAUGAUCACGUCACAUAUAUUAGAGGUCAUGACACUACAGCACAAACAAAACAAAAACAAAAUACACUUUUAUACAAACAAAUAAACAAUGGAAGUAUUUACAUACUGACAGAAGUCAUAAUUAUUAGAACACACAAGGUGAUAUUCGUACAGGGAGAAAGUAGGGAGUUCACAAGAGGACAAGUAUUCUUGAUGGCAUCCUGUUGACAAGAAAUGUUAAUCACUUUCUGAUAGAAAAACCAUGAUGGCUUGUCUUUCAAAUCUAGACCGGCCUGUCCUACAUCUUCAUCAUCAGGCAUUUUUAAACAGCCACAUGAUGCAAGUCAAGAACUGGUUACCUUUUCUCCCCUUGUUCCCCCUGUUCUGCUGGACACAACACUAAUGCUCCCUGGACCUUGACUAUGGAUGUUUCUUUCAGCCCUGAGGAUUACGUAGAUUUGAGGUCCCCUCUACCCCCGGAUCUGGAGAAGCCUGACUGUGCCAGAGUAUUUGAGCUCCCGUAUAGUAUCCACGGUUUCCAGCAUCUCCGGGUGAGUUGAGGGAAAAGCGAACCCACUUGUUAAUGCAAUGCACAUGCCUGUCUGGACCUGUGCCAUGUGUCUAUCUUUAUCCAGGGCGUGCAAGAGCGGGUGAACCUCACAUCUCCUCUGCUCUCUAAAGAGGACCCCAUUUUUGGCUCCCUGUCCCACAAACUGGGCCGCAGCAUUGACGAGGUGGGCCAUCGAAUCCAGCAGGGCCUGCUGAGGGUGCGUUUCUCUCUACUGCCUCACCAACACUGUCUGGUCUGUUUUUUAUCGGUUUACAUAUAGCUGAAGGGGAUUACUUUAACUGUGAUGCACUGAUUUAUUCAUUUUUAUAAAUGGACAGUCACUGUUUUAAGUGUUCUGGUCUGACUGUCAUAUAGUUCCCUUCUAAUGAUAGUGUUCUGGUCUGACUGUCAUAUAGUUCCCUUCUAAUGAUAGUGUUCUGGUCUGACUGUCAUAUAGUUCCCUUCUAAUGAUAGUGUUCUGGUCUGACUGUCAUAUAGUUCCCUUCUAAUGAUAGUGUUCUGGUCUGACGGUCAUAUAGUUCCCCUCUAAUGAUGUGUGUGUUGUGUUGUCCAGAACUCGUCGUCCUGGGUGCUGUAUGACCUGGCGUCGUUCUACUGGCGGAUAAAGAACGAGCCCAGGCAGGCGGUGGACUGUGUGGUCCGUGCCCUGCACUUCUCACCCAGGUACAACCAAAGCAAAACGCAGCUUCAGUUUGUCAUGUUCAUUAGGGCACACCAUGUAAAAAAGUUUGCAAUGGAAAACUAAGUGAGCCUUUCUUAUUGGACAAGUCUAGGUAUUCCCUAAUGUUUCAGUAUGUUGUCUGCCCUUUGGUGCCCAAUGAACACGUCCCAGCUACGGUUAUUCAGCAUUCAAACAGUGGACCAUAUAAGAGUUUUGAGUCCCAUGCUCGUUGUCUGUUGUGUAUCCAGGCUGCACAAGGACUUGGCACUGGUGAACAUGGCCAACAUCCUGCACCGGGCCCACUUCUCUGCUGAUGCUGCCAUCCUGGCUCACGCUGCCCUGGACCUGACCUCUGACCUUCUCACCAGCCACUACACCCUGGGCAACAUCUACGCAGUGAGUUACAGCACCACUAGUAGAUUAAUAUAUUGGGGGGGGGGGGGGGAAGAUGCACUGAAUACAACCCAGGGGAUAAUGCGUUAAAGCGAUUCCGCUUGUUUCCAAGGUGGUUCCCGAUGGAAUACACAUGAGACAAAAUAAAGGAAAGCUAGCUGUACGACGUCAUCAUCUGGUUUUAUCAACAAUUGCAGCUCUAUGAUUCCUAUUGCAGAGACGUUCUACAUCAUGUAUAGUGAAAUAGUACAAACUUGUAUCAAGAGAACAGCAGGGUUCCAAGCACUGACCCUUGAGGAACACCAAAGUCAGUUUUUUCGGGAUGUCUAAUGACAACAAAGAAAGCAGACAUUAGGUGAAUUUAAACAAAAUGUAGCCUUUAAAUAGAACAUGUGGUUCUGUAACAUUUGUUGGCACUACGUUUUAACAUUUCUGGAGGGACGCUGACAUAGGGUUGUGUUGGUUUAUGUUCACCUACUGUCUGCUUUUAAUAUUUUCACUGAACCUACACUUACAGUGGGAUGUUACACUUACAGUAGUAUUUUUUAUUGGAGUAUAGCAAUAAUCUCUCCAACAGUUAUGCAGUGGAUAUGGAUGUUGGAUGUUACUGCAAUGCUUGUUGGCAAGGCUUUCUCCAGGUGCUCAGGAAGUGUAUUCCUGUUGGUAUAUUGUUCAUGUUACCGGCCCUGACCUUCAGUAUCUUUCUCUCCAGUUAUUCUAGAAGAGUGAAUCAUCGCUGAUAUAUUAUUUCUCUCUCUCUCUCUCUCUCUCUCUCUCUCUCUCUCUCUCUCUCUCUCUCUCUCUCUCUCUCUCUCUCUCUCUCUCUCUCUGUGUCUGUCUGUCAUCCCCCCUCCCUGUCUCUCCACCUCCUCCCCUCUCUCCUCUUCAUCUGUGUGUGUAGAUGCUGGGGGAGUACAACCACUCAGUGCUGUGCUAUGAGCAGGCCCUCCAGGCCCAGCAGGGCUUUGAGCAGGCCCUGAGGAGGAAGCACGCCGUCCUCUGUCAGCAGAAACUGGAGCAGCGCCUGGAGGCCCAACACAGGUAAAGGCACAGCGCCUCACUGCUCAGGGCGUAGUUAGGUUAAUAGUGGCAGGAGAGUGGCUUUAUUACAAAAGGAAGUGGGGGGGGGGGGGGGGGGGGAGGAGUAGCUGGAACCAGGGUUGUGUUCAGUAGGAGAAAAACGUGAGGAACCAUUUUGAAGGGGAUUUAAUGGGAAGGGAAGCAUUGUUGUGGCACAUACUUCCUCUUUAUAUGGCACAGGUUACAAUGCAGAAUAUACACUGAGUGGACAAAACAUUAUUAUGCUUUUUCCAUUACAGACUGACCAGGUGAAUCCAGGUGAAAUCUAUGAUCCCUUAUUUAUGUCACUUGUUAAAUCCACUUCAAUCAGUGUAGAUGAAGGGGAGGAGACCGGUUAAAGAAGGAUUCUUAAGCCUUGAGACAAUUGAGACAUGGAUUGUGUGCCAUUCAGAGGGUGAAUGGGCAAGACAAAAUAUAUAAAUGCCUUUGAACGGGGUAUGGUAGUAGGUGCCAGUCGCACCGGUUUGAGUGUGUCAAGAACUGCAAUGCUGCUGGGUUUUUCACACUCAACAGUUUCCCAUGUGUAUCAAUAUGGGUCCACCACCCAAAGGACAUCCAGCCAACUUGACACAGCUGUGGGAAGCGUUGGAGUCAACAUGGGCCAGCGUCCCUGUGGAAGGCUUCCGACACUUAGUAGGCCUAGGGCUAGCUAUUUGUGAUCUGCCACACCCCCUCCACCCCCCAGGUCUCUGCAGCGCACGCUGAACGAGCUGAAGGAAUACCAGAAACAGCAUGACAACUACCUCCAUCAGCAGGAGGCCCUGGACAAAUACAAGCUGCUUCAGGAAGAGCAGAUCCUCCGCAACAUCAUCCAUGAGACCCAGAUGGCCAAGGAGGCACAGCUGGGUGAGAUGCUACACACACACACACACGCACACAAUACACACACACACACACACACACUCGCAUGCAAUACAUAUACACACACACACACUCGCAUGCAAUACAUACACACACACUCCAUACACACACGUAGUACACACAAGCGCAAUACACACACACACUCGUGCGCAAUACACACUCACAGAUACACACACACACAGACGCAUACAUACACACACACAAAUACACCGUUUUAUAUAAAUUCAUAUGUCCAUUUAGAGAUGUAAACAGAAAAUAGUGCAACAAUAAUUAGGUGUGUGUUUAGGCAACCACCAGAUGUGUCAUCUGGGCCAGCAACAGAGCAGCCUCUUCUGCCCCUUCGACCUGCCGGUGCGUUAUCACCGUGGAGACCUGUUUGAGCACGUCCACCACAUCCAGUUUGGAGAGGAGGUGUCUGUGGCGGGCAGCGUGGCUCUGGUGUCGGAGCCAAGCAUCAACCAGACCACCAGCCCCGACCUCCACCCCUCUGUGUCCGGAGACCCCGAGCCUGCAGCCCUCUGGGGCCACCAGGCCUCCCCCACCGAAGUGAGUCUGGGGACUGUGUGUGUGUUCUGACAGCCAGACAGUGUGUGUGUGUGUGGAUAGUGGGCUGUAUGCUGUGUUGGCAGGACAGUCUAAAGGUUCUGUGGAGCUGACUGCGUGUGUUUUGUCUGUAGGACAUUCAGAGGCUGCUGUGGCCUCGGAGGGCCGACUGUGCUCAUGAGUUUCCUGGCAUCCCCCCCGCCCACCUACUACCCACCUUCUACCUCCCACCUGACACGCAGGGCCUCAGGUUAGUGUGUUAGACAUAGGGCCUCAGGUUAGUGUGUUAGACACGGGGCCUCAGGUUAGUGUGUUAGACACGGGGCCUCAGGUUAGUGUGUUAGACACGGGGCCUCAGGUUAGUGUGUUAGACACGGGGCCUCAGGUUAGUGUGUUAGACACGGGGCCUCAGGUUAGCGUGUUAGACACGGGGCCUCAGGUUAGCGUGUUAGACACGGGGCCUCAGGUUAGCGUGUUAGACACGGGGCCUCAGGUUAGCGUGUUAGACACGGGGCCUCAGGUUAGCGUGUUAGACACGGGGCCUCAGGUUAGCGUGUUAGACACGGGGCCUCAGGUUAUUGUGUGUGUGCCAUGUUGUUUGUGUAUGCUACCUUUCUGGGCCUGUUUCUAACAUGGUGUGUGUUAUAUCUUGAAGCCGUGUGUUUGUGUGUGUGUUCUGGUGGAGUGUGUUGACUCGUAGAGCCUCUUCCUCAGCACGGUUUGGUUAACAUGUGAUGUAUGAUAUGACUCAUGCAUUUGCUGACCUCACUGGUGUGUGUUCAGCCUUCAGAAUGUGCUGUAUGGUACCGGACCCCCUCCCUCCUCCCUGGCCACCCCAGACUGCGGCCCUCUGCCCCAGCCCCCUCCAGCUGACCUGCCUGCCUCUGUGGGCUGGCCCAUGGAGGACAAGGAGUUGCCAGACCCCCAUGCCACCCAGGUUAGUGUGUGUGUGUGUGUGUGUGUGUGUGUGUGUGUGUGUGUGUGUGUAUGUGUAUGUAUGUGUGUGUGUGUGUGUUGGAUGGGGGUCUGUAACAGCAUCAUCUUUUUGACUGGGCUUUGGUUUCAAUACAAUACCAUCUUUAUUGAACUAUUAUACAGAGACAACAGAAAUGUGUUUUCUGUCACAGUACCCAGCUCCACCACUGGGAGCACCACUGAGUCUGCCACAGAGCAGCCCCACUGGCGCAGGUUAGGAUGCAGGGUUGAAGUGUGUAACUGUGCUGAUCUUGGUAUUGUGUGUGUGUGUGUGUGUGUGUGUGUGUGUGUGUGUGUGUGCAGGUGCUGCUGUCUCGCAGCAGAGGCUGGAGUUUGGAGCAGGCUGGUACCAGCAUAGCCCAAGCCAUGAAGAAGGUGAGCGCCGUAGAACAGAGAAACAUCCUUUCAUAUCAGAAAUAUACUUCACUACUGUCCUGUCCUGAGAAAUGCUAUGGCUUUGGACUGUUCUCUUUUUUUAUUGUCACAUGCACCGGAUAGGUGCAGUGAAACGUGUUGUUCUACAGGGUCAGCCAUAGUAGUACGGAGCCCCUGGAGAAAAUUAGGGUUCAGUGCCUUGCUCAAGGGCACAUCGACCAUUUUUUUCUUUUUUUUACCUUGUCGGCUCAGGUAUUCAAACCAGCAACCUUUCCUUUACUGGUCUAACCUCUAAUGAACAAGAGCAUGCAGAUGCUCUGAUCCAGUCGAAAGUGAAUGUUAAAAUACUGUGAAUUAAACUUGUAGGGUUUGAACAGUUCUAAGUAAUAGAAAAUGAUACAUCCUCCUCUCCUCCAGGCUAGCGCCCCUGGCUGGUUGCUCCAGAACGAGGCGGCUUUGUUCUGGCGGGCGAAGGGUAACGGUACCAGCUCACUGCAAUGUCUGCGCCACUCCCUGGCAUCGGCUCCGCCCCCUCAGCGCCACCUGCCCCUCGUCAAUGCUGCCAACCUGCUUCUGCGCCACGGCCUCAGCGCCCACGCACACACGCUGCUGGAGGACGCCCUGGCACUCAACGCCUCCGAAGUACACACAUUUAAAAUACUUUAUUUGAAUCCACAAAUCACAUUUACAUUCAAGAAGGAUUGAAACAUCUCAAAGGUCUUUUGUAUGCAUGGACACUUAAGGAUACAGAACGCACCUUGUUCUCCAAACAGACAGGCGGCCCAUAACAGCAGACACAGAGCAACACCUUGCCCUCUGCUUUGCUCUAGUCUUAGGCAGGCCUGCAGGCUGCGUGCCUUAAGGCUGUGGACGUGACUGAGACAAAUAUCAGUGCUACUAACAGCUUGCAGCUAUAUCUGCGGCUGUUAAAGCGUGAUACGACGGGCUGGUAUUUAAAUUUAGACGCUUGUCAGCAAUGGUCUGCUCAAUGUAACAGUCAAAUGACACACGCUGCUGGAGGAUACCCUGGUACUCAGCACCUUUGAGGUACACACACACACACACACACACACACACACACACACACACACACACUUCUGUUCUUACAUGACAUAUUUUUAAAUGACAGUUGGAGGCCAUUUGUUCUAUAAAGUUUGAUUCAGCACCUUUAGAAGUUGUCCACAGUAUGGGCAUAAUGGUAUGUUACAUAAGGAUUUAUCCACAGUAUGGGCAUAAUGGUAUGUUACAUAAGGAUUUAUCCACAGUAUGGGCAUAAUGGUAUGUUACAUAAGGAUUUAUCCACAGUAUAGGUAUUAUGGUAUGUUACAUAAGGAUUUAUCCACAGUACAUAAUGGAUGUCCAUUCUAAUGACUCUCUGUCCCUGCCCUCCUCUGGUCCCCUGGCAGCCCCACACUCUACUGAGCCUGGUGAGUGUGAAUCUGGCCCAGGGCAACGUGACGGGCGCCCUGGACCUGUUCCGCCACACCCUGGCCCUCUCUGCCAGUUGUGCCCAGUGCCGUGCCAGCCUGCCCCUUCUGCGCUGCCUACAGUUCUACCCCUUCCUAUACAACCUGCAGCGCUCGCCAUGUCCGCGUGAGUGCCACGGUUCACCUCUCAUGCCAUGCCAUACUUUACUGUCCAUUGUUGUGGAAAUGAAUUUGGGAGGCCUGCAAUAAAUGGUACCUGGCUUAUUUACAGUCGGCACCAACCUUCCCCUUUGACCUCUGUCUGUCUUGUGUAAGGGGUUACAGUGUUGUAAAUUCAAACUUUGACUUCUGUCUGACUAUCUUAUCUUGUCUAAAGGGUUUAAUAUUAAUCCGCUUUAAUAUUGCAGAUAGAUUCCAGGUUCUAUCAGUUUAAUUGUUUGCAUCAUUUCUAAUUCCUUUUUUAUUUAUCUCUGUACUUCUUCCUCCUUCUCUACCAUCCCUCUCCUGAUUGGAGGAAACUAACGGACAACAAUACCCUGACUGCUACUUACAGCUGUUUCCAGUCUGUAGUUAAAUAAUUAGACAUACAGCUCUGGAAAGAAUUAAAAGCAAAUGUUUCUUAAAUCAGCAUCUCUACAUGUAUGACAGCCAUUCCAUUCCAGUGUCUGUUGAAUUCCAACACAGGCACACCUCCUUCUACUGAAUUAGGUACUGAUUCGGUGAUCACCUGAACCAAAUCUUAUCAUCACUAUCCUCUUGCAAUAGGACCAGCUGGAUGGCAAAAACAGUGCUAAUAGUACCUCAAAAGUAAUAUUAAUCAAAAAAUAACUAUUGACCAUGCCAAAAGAGUUGAAAAGGAACGUUUUGAGUGAGGAAAAGAAGGGUUUAAUUCGGGCUUUACUGGCAGAGGGAUACAGUGAGCGUCAGGUUGCUUCCAUCCUUAAAAUGUCAAUGACGGCGGUUCAUAAGAACAAGGUCAAGCAGCAGACAUUGGGGACAACAAAGCUACAGACCAGCAGAGGGCGGAAACGACUCUACUGACCGGGAUGACCGCCAACUCAUUCAAAUGUCACUCAACAACCGUAGGAGGACAUCAAGUGACCUACAAAAAAGAAUGGUAAACGGCAGCUGGGGUGAAGUGCAUGGUGAGGGCGGUUCGAAACAGGCUCCUAGGGGCAGGGCUGAAGUCGUGCAAAGCUAGAAAAAAGCUCUUCAUCAAUGAGAAGCAAAGAAGAGCCAGGCUGAGGUUUGUAAAAGACCAUAAGGAUUGGACCGUAGAGGACUGGAGUAAGGUCAUCUUCUCUGAUGAUUCCAAUUUUCAGCUUUGCCCAACACCUGGUCAUCUAAUGGUUAGACGGAGACCUGGAGAGGCCUACAAGCCACAGUGUCUCGCACCCACUGUGGAAUUUGGUGGAGGAUCGGUGAUGAUCUGGGGGUGCUUCAGCAAGGCUGGAAUCGGACAGAUUUGUCUUUGUGAAGGACUCAUGAAUCAAGCCACGUACAAGGUUGUCCUGGAAGAAAACUUGCUUCCUUUUGCUCUGACAUUGUUCCCCAACUCUGAGGAUUGGUUUUUCCAGCAGGACAAUGCGCCAUGCCACACAGCCAGGUCAAUCAAGGUGUGGAUGGAGGACCACCAGAUCAAGACCCUGUCAUGGCCAGCCCAAUCUCCAGACCUGAACCCCAUUGAAAACUUCUAGAAUGUGAUCAAGAGGAAGAUGGAUGGUCACAAGCCAUCAAACAAAGCCGAGCUGCUUGAAUUUUUGCGCCAGGAGUGGCAUAAAGUCACCCAACAUCAAUGUGAAAGACUGGUGGAGAGCAUGCCAAGACGCAUGAAAGCUGUGAUUGAAAAUCUGGGUUAUUCCACCAAAUAUUGAUUUCUGAACUCUUCCUAAGUUAAAACAUUAGUAUUGUGUUGUUUAAAAAUGAACAUGAACUUAUUUUCUUUGCAUUAUUCGAGGUCUGACAACACUGCAUCUUUUUUUGUUAUUUUGACCAGUUGUCAUUUUCUGCAAAUAAAUGCUCUAAAUGACAAUAUUUUUAUUUGGAAUUUGGGAGAAAUGUUGUCAGUAGUUUAUAGAAUAAAACAAAAAUGUUAUUUUUACCCAAACACAUACCUAUAAAUAGUAAAACCAGAGAAACUGAUCAUUUUGCAGUGGUCUCUUCAUUUCUUCCAGAGCUGUAUAUUACUACUUCCCUCUUUGUUCAAGUGCUGGAUUUACCCCACAGCAGCCAAUCACCAUUCAUUAUGAUUUACCCCACAGCAGCCAAUCACCAUUCAUUAUGAUUUACCCAACAGCAGCCAAUCACCAUUCAUUAUGAUUUACCCGACAGCAGCCAAUCACCAUUCAUUAUGAUUUACCCCACAGCAGCCAAUCACCAUUCAUUAUGAUUUACCCCACAGCAGCCAAUCACCAUUCAUUAUGAUUUACCCCACAGCAGCCAAUCACCAUUCAUUAUGAUUUACCCCACAGCAGCAAAUCACCAUUCAUUAUGAUUUACCCCACAGCAGCCAAUCACCAUUCAUUAUGAUUUACCCCACAGCAGCCAAUCACCAUUCAUUAUGAUUUACCCCACAGCAGCCAAUCACCAUUCAUUAUGAUUUACCCCACAGCAGCCAAUCACCAUUCAUUCUGAUCUGAACUCCAACCCUCCCAUGUUCUCUCUCUCUCUCUCCUGCUGAUGUUUCUCUCUAGCAUGGCGAGGGAAGGGGAAAGCGUUUUGAAGUGGAGAAAUCUGCCACUCAAUAAUUGAAGCUGUUAAAAAUAGUUCAGCUGCUGCUGCAUUUAGAAAGCUCUAUAUUUGACAGUCAGAGGCCAACCCUCUCACCGUAUUUAUAACCUACACACACACUUCCUAUGUGGAGGUGAAAGGGUGCAGGGUGACUAGAAAGGUAGAAAGACUCAUUUCCACUAUGACAAAAGGGACAAUAAAGUCCCAAUUCCAUUAUCUGUAUUUGUUGCUUGAAUGUCAUGCACAUUGUUGGAAGGCCAGUUUAGUGGAGACUGAAGUGUCUGUGUGCUGAUCGGUUUAGUGUGUGUGUGUGUGUGUGUGUGUGUGUGUGUGUGUGUGAACAGAGGGUGCUGUGUGUGUCGGAGAGGAGGAUGUGACUCUACAGCUAGAUGAAUGGGAGGCUGGCAGGGGACAGAAACAGCAGAAGGACCCCACCACCACGGCUGCCCAGGCUCUGCCCGUCUCCACUGUGGAGGAAGCUCUCCUGUUUCAGAGUAAGGCCCUUAUGAUUGGGACUCUGACUAUAUGAAAUCAAAUGAACAAAACUGUUCAUGGGAUACUGCACACUCAGAUGCUCCCAACGCCUGGGUCCUGUUCAGCAGGACACUGUAGCGAAAUGUUUUGAAACCCGAAAACUAAAAAAUCUCCAGUUAAAACCCUCCCUGUUUCUGUCCGUUUUCUUCUGUUUGGUACCUAAUGAACAGGACCCUGCCUUUCUGUUUGUAACAGAGGUGGUGCUGGACAGUAACGGCUCUGGAGAGGCAGCCCAGCAGCAGCCAGGAGGAGGAGGAGGACUAGGAGAGAGGGAUGAGGAGGAAUGGCAGCUGAAGGAGGAGCUGAUGGGGGCCUUCGAGGGGGCUCUGGACGUGGGGGGCAAGCGGGGUGACCUGAGGGGCAUCCGCGUACUGAAGAACGACCGGGUGAUGGGGGCGGGCCGGAGCGGAGGAGGGCCCUGCUUCGGGAACUGUGAGGAUGACGAGGGGGCUGAGUGGGUACGUGUCCUGUACUGAGUAACUCCCAUGAUGUAGUAUAGAGACAGACUGUGGUGAGUGGGUACAUGUCCUGAGUAACUCCCAUGAUGUAGAAAAAGUUCUGUCCAAACAGUAGCCAGGCCCCAGCCCAACUUCCCCCCUCUCUGUGUUCCUGGUCCUCCACAGAUCACGUUCCAGGUGAAGCGUGUGAGGAAGCCCAAGGCAGACAUCCCCGACGGCUGGGGCAGUGCUGAGGACACCCUGCAGGGGGAGACACUGCUCCCUGGAGGCCACUCUGUCCUGGAGAUCAGCGGCCCCACCAUCCCCUCCACCGGGCCCUCGGGUAAUAGACACCCUGCACGCUCACAGACAAACUCAUAGGGAGAGUCUCAAUUGUAUUUACAUGACUCCUCGUGUCCUCUCGCCGCCUCCUCAAAACCCAUUGGAGAAGGCCAGUUGGGAGGGACCUCUGACUUUCUCAUCCAAUGGGUUCUGAGAAGGAUGCCAGGAGUCAAGGAAAUACAAUGGAGAUUCUCCCAUACAGACAGUUCUCUGAGGCGUGUAGUAGUCAUCAUCACUGAACCAUACUAAGAAAGUGUUUGUGUCUCCAGGGUACUGAUUUGUGUGUGUGUAUGUGUGUGUGUGUGCAGGGCGAUGGAGGGACUACACCAGUCUGGGCUGGCCGGGGCCAGAGGAGUGCCAGAGAACUCGCAGGGUAGACCUCACCACCGUGGCCAGUACCUGGCUGGCAGUGUCUGCCAAGAACAUAGAGUCAGUACCAACCUUCCCCUUUGACCUCUGUUUGUCUUGUGUAAGGGGUUAGGAGAGUGUUGUACAUUUAAACUUUGACCUCUGUCUGGCUAUCUCAUAGAUAAACAUAUAUAAUUUGGUGUGUGUGUCCCAACCCUCCCCUGGGGAAACCACCGCACAGUCCAUAUUUUUGUUCUAACCCUGCACUGACACAGCUGAUUCAACUAAUUAAUCAAGAACAAAAUGUUGACUGCAACUGGAGUCAGUUGGGAAUCACUUUAUUAGGACUUAAAGGGAUAGUUGGAGAUUAAAGGGAUAGUUGGAUUUUAGCAAUUAAGUCCUUUUUUAUAUUUACCCAGUUAAGAUGAACUCAUGGAUACCAUUAGUAUGUCUCUGUGUGCCGUAUGAAGGAAGGUCGUUUCUGGAGCCAUUGCUAACUAGCUAGCGCAAUGACUGGAAGUCUACAGGAACAGCUAGCAUGAAACUACCUUCAACUUCCUUCAAACUGCGCACAUAGACAUAAAAACGGUAACCAUGAGUUCAUCUGACUCUGGGGAAGUAUAAAUGUUGAACUAUCCUCUUAACACCCAAAGCCACACUUGAAUUUAAAACAUGUAUGAUGUUCUAUUCCCCCCUCCUUCCCUCUCUUCUCUCAUCUCCUCCCCCCUCCUCCCCCCUCCACAGCAUCACUGAACACAUAGACUUUGCCACUCCACUCCAGGAGCCUGCGGUGGAGCCGUUGUGUAAUGCCAACCUGGCUACCAGCAUGCAUACCCUGGAUCACCUGUCUGGCGUGGCCAACCGCGCCGCCAUCCACUACACUGGAGAGAGUCAACUCAGAGAGGUAGGGGACAGAGAGAGUCAACUCAGAGAGUUAGGGGACAGAGAGAGUCAACUCACAGAGGUAGGGGACAGAGAGAGUCAACUCAGAGAGUUAGGGGACAGAGAGAGUCAACUCAGAGAGGUAGGGGACAGAGAGAGUCAACUCAGGUAGACGAGGAGCCAGAAGUCACGGAACCAGGUAACGAGAAGUCAACAGGAAGUCUAGAGGAGAAAGGAGUCACUCAGAGGUAGGGGACGAAGAUCAACAGAGAUAUAGGGGAAGAGAGAGUCACUCAGGAGUAGGACGAAGGUCACUAGUGUAGGGCAAGGUCAACUCAGAGUGGACAGAGUCAACAGUCAUCAGAGUAGGAACAAAGAGUCAACUCAGAGUAGGGGACAGAAGCAACUCAGAUGGACGAGAUCACUCAGGUGGGACAAGAGAGUCAACUCAAGUGGAGAGAGAACCAGAGAGGUAACAGAGAGAGUAAACUCAGAGGUAGGGACAGAGAGAGUCAACUCAGAGAGUAGGGACAGAGAAGUCAACUCAGAGAGUAGGGACAGAGAGAGUCAACUCAGAGAGGUAGGGACAGAGAGAGUCAACUCAGAGAGUAGAUGAGAGAGGUAACAAGAGAGGUAGGAGACGAGAGAGUCACUCAGAGGGGUAGGGGACAGAGAGUCACAACAGAGAGGAGUCAACUCAAGGAGGAGGGAACGAGAGAGUCAACUCAGAGGGUAGGGACAGAGAGAGUCAACUCAGAGGUAGGGAACAAGGAGAGUCAACAGAGAAUCAACUCAGAGGGUAGGAACAGAGAGAGUCCACUCAGAGAGUUAGGACAGAGAGAGUCAACUCAAGAGGUAGGGACAUAGAGAGUCAACUCAGAGAGAGGUACAGGAGUCAACUCAGAGGGUAGGAGACUGGAAGAUGUGCUAACCAGAGGAGGUAGAGACGAGAGAGUCAACUCAGAGGGUAGGGCAAGAGAGUCAACAGAAGAGAGGUCAACUCAGAGAGGUAGGGACAGAGAGAGUCACUCAGAGAGGUUAGGGGACAGAGAGAGUCAACUCAGAGGGUAGGGGACAGAGAGAGUCAACUCAGAGAGUAGGGGACAGAAGAGAGGUACGGACAGAGAGAGUCAACUCAGAGAGGUUAGGAGACGAGAGAGAGUCAAACCAGAGAGGGUAGGGACAGAGAGAGUCAACUCAGAGGGGUAGGGGACAGAGAGAGUCAACAGAGGAGUCAACUCAGGGGUAGGGAACAGAGAGAGAGUCACUCAGGGUAGGACAGAGAGUCAACUCAGAGGGGUAGGGAACAGAGUAAGAGAGUCAACUCAGAGGGGUAGGGACAGAGAGAUCUACAGAGAUCACUCAGAGGGGUAGGGGACAGAGAGAGUCAACUCAGAGGUAGGGACAGAGGAGUCAACUCAGAGAGGUAGGGGACAGAAGUCAGAGAGAGUCAACUCGAGAGGGUAGGGACAGAGAGAGAGAGUCAACUCAGAGGGUAGGGACAGAGAGAGUCAACUCAGAGAGGUAGGGGACAGAGAGAGUCAACCAGAGGUAGGACAGGGAGUCAACUCAGAGGGUAGGGAACAGAGAGAGGUCAACAUCACGAGGGUAGGGAACAGAGAGAGUCAACUCAGAGGGGUAGGGACAGAGAGAGUCAACUCAGGGGGUAGGGAACAGAGAGAGUAACAGAGAGUCCAACUCAGAGGGGUAGGGAACAGAGAGAGUCAACUCAGAGGGGUAGGGACAGAGAGAGUCAACUCAGAGGGGUAGGGAACAGAGAGAGUCAACAGAGAGUCAACUCAGAGGGGUAGGGAACAGAGAGAGUCAACUCAGAGUAGCAGAUACGAGGUAGGGACAGAGAGAGUCAAUCAGAGAGUAGGGAGCAGAGAGAGUCAACUCAGAGAGGUAGGGACAGAGAGAGUCAACAGAGAGAGUCAACUCAGAGGGGUAGGGAACAGAGAGAGUCAACUCAGAGGGUAGGGACAGAGAGAGUCAACUCAGAGGGGUAGGGGACAGAGAGAGUCAACUCAGAGGGGUAGGGAACAGAGAGAGUCAACAGAGAGUCAACUCAGAGGGGUAGGGAACAGAGGAGAGUCAACUCAGAGGGUAGGGACAGAGAGAGUCAACUCAGAGAGUUAGGGGACAGAGAGAGUCAACUCAGAGAGGUAGGGACAGAGAGUCACAGAGAGUCAACUCAGAGUAGGAAAGUUAGGGAGAAGAGAGUCAACUCAGAGGGUAGGGACAGAGAAGUCAACUCAGAGAGGUAGGAGAGGGAGAGAGAGUCAACUCAGAGAGGUAGGGACAGAGAGAGUCAACUCAGAGGGUAGGGGACGGAAGCAACUAGAGAGUAGGACAGAGAGAGUCAACUCAGAGGGGUAGGGAACAGAGAAGAGAGUCAACUCAGAGGGGUAGGGACAGAGAGAGUCAACUCAGAGGGUAGGGACAGAGAGAGUCAACUCAGAGAGGUAGGAGAUGGAGAGAGAGUAAACAGAGAGAGGUAGGAGACGGAGAGAGUCAACUCAGAGAGGUAGGGGACAGAGAGAGUCAACUCAGAGAGGUAGGGGACAGAGAGAGUCAACUCAGAGAGGUAGGAGAUGGAGAGAGAGUAAACAGAGAGAGGUAGGAGACGGAGAGAGUCAACUCAGAGGGGUAGGGGACAGAGAGAGUCAACAGAGAGAGUCAACUCAGAGGGGUAGGGAACAGAGAGAGAGUCAACUCAGAGGGGUAGGGGACAGAGAGAGUCAACUCAGAGGGGUAGGGAACAGAGAGAGUCAACUCAGAGGGGUAGGGAACAGAGAGAGUCAACUCAGAGAGGUAGGGGACAGAGAGAGUCAACUCAGAGAGGUAGGGGACAGAGAGAGUCAACAGAGAGAGUCAACUCAGAGGGGUAGGGAACAGAGAGAGAGUCAACUCAGAGGGGUAGGGAACAGAGAGAGUCAACUCAGAGGGGUAGGGGACAGAGAGAGUCAACUCAGAGGGGUAGGGAACAGAGAGAGUCAACAGAGAGUCAACUCAGAGAGGUAGGGGACAGAGAGAGUCAACUCAGAGAGGUAGGGGACAGAGAGAGUCAACUCAGAGAGGUAGGAGAUGGAGAGAGAGUAAACAGAGAGAGGUAGGAGACGGAGAGAGUCAACUCAGAGGGGUAGGGGACAGAGAGAGUCAACAGAGAGAGUCAACUCAGAGGGGUAGGGAACAGAGAGAGAGUCAACUCAGAGGGGUAGGGAACAGAGAGAGUCAACAGAGAGAGUCAACUCAGAGGGGUAGGGAACAGAGAGAGUCAACAGAGAGAGUCAACUCAGGGGGGUAGGGAACAGAGAGAGAGUCAACUCAGAGGGGUAGGGAACAGAGAGAGUCAACUCAGAGGGGUAGGGGACAGAGAGAGUCAACUCAGAGGGGUAGGGAACAGAGAGAGUCAACAGAGAGUCAACUCAGAGGGGUAGGGAACAGAGAGAGUCAACUCAGAGAGGUAGGGGACAGAGAGAGUCAACUCAGAGGGGUAGGGGACAGAGAGAGUCAACAGAGAGAGUCAACUCAGAGGGGUAGGGAACAGAGAGAGAGUCAACUCAGAGGGGUAGGGAACAGAGAGAGUCAACUCAGAGGGGUAGGGGACAGAGAGAGUCAACUCAGAGGGGUAGGGAACAGAGAGAGUCAACAGAGAGUCAACUCAGAGGGGUAGGGAACAGAGAGAGUCAACUCAGAGGGGUAGGGAACAGAGAGAGUCAACAGAGAGAGUCAACUCAGAGGGGUAGGGAACAGAGAGAGUCAACUCAGAGAGGUAGGGGACAGAGAGAGUCAACUCAGAGGGGUAGGGGACAGAGAGAGUCAACAGAGAGAGUCAACUCAGAGGGGUAGGGAACAGAGAGAGAGUCAACUCAGAGGGGUAGGGAACAGAGAGAGUCAACUCAGAGGGGUAGGGGACAGAGAGAGUCAACUCAGAGGGGUAGGGAACAGAGAGAGUCAACAGAGAGUCAACUCAGAGGGGUAGGGAACAGAGAGAGUCAACUCAGAGGGGUAGGGAACAGAGAGAGUCAACAGAGAGAGUCAACUCAGAGGGGUAGGGAACAGAGAGAGUCAACUCAGAGAGGUAGGGGACAGAGAGAGUCAACUCAGAGGGGUAGGGGACAGAGAGAGUCAACUCAGAGGGGUAGGGGACAGAGAGAGUCAACAGAGAGAGUCAACUCAGAGGGGUAGGGAACAGAGAGAGAGUCAACUCAGAGGGGUAGGGAACAGAGAGAGUCAACUCAGAGGGGUAGGGGACAGAGAGAGUCAACUCAGAGGGGUAGGGAACAGAGAGAGUCAACAGAGAGUCAACUCAGAGGGGUAGGGAACAGAGAGAGUCAACUCAGAGAGGUAGGGGACAGAGAGAGUCAACUCAGAGGGGUAGGGGACAGAGAGAGUCAACUCAGAGAGGUAGGGGACAGAGAGAGUCAACUCAGAGGGGUAGGGGACAGAGAGACAGUCAACUCAGAGAGGUAGGGGACAGAGAGAGUCAACUCAGAGAGGUAGGGGACAGAGAGAGUCAACUCAGAGGGGUAGGGGACAGAGAGAGAGUCAACUCAGAGAGGUAGGGGACAGAGAGAGUCAACUCAGAGGGGUAGGGGACAGAGAGAGUCAACUCAGAGGGGUAGGGGACAGAGAGAGUCAACUCAGAGAGGUAGGGAACAGAGAGAGUCAACAGAGAGAGUCAACUCAGAGGGGUAGGGAACAGAGAGAGUCAACUCAGAGAGGUAGGGAACAGAGAGAGUCAACAGAGAGAGUCAACUCAGAGGGGUAGGGGACAGAGAGAGUCAACUCAGAGAGGUAGGGGACAGAGAGAGUCAACUCAGAGGGGUAGGGGACAGAGAGUAUCACACAUCUCACCCGUCUGCAUCAUUUUACUGUUCUGCCGUGAGCCUCAACCGGCUUUCUGUUUGUCAUUCAGGUGCUACAGAAUCUGGGCAAAGAUAAGUUCUCCCCUCAGUCCUUUGAGCAGGUGGGCACGCGCAUUGCCAAGGUCUUGGAGAAGGUACGUGUUUCUAGAGGUGGUACCUGCCUGUCAGGGUAUUCUACAACCCUGUAUCACUCAAAUCACAGCAUCUCACGGCAGUAGAAAGUUCAAUAAAGUAAUGCAGACAAAUGAAAGUCUCUCCUCUCCUGAGCAGAACCAGACCUCCUGGGUGUUGUCUAGCAUGUCUGCUCUCUACUGGAGGGUGAAGGGCCAGGGCAAGAGGGCCAUCGACUGCCUGCGUCAAGCCCUACACUACGCCCCGCACCACAUGAAGGUAAAACGGACUGAGACCUGCCCAAUAAUAACACAAACGUUUGUUUUCCCGUUGCAAAACGUUUUCCUACAGCGUGCACUGCUGAACAUGACCCUGUGCUAUAGUCUGCGUGAUAACUCAGCAUCUCUCUCCCUCUCAGGACGUACCUCUGAUCAGCCUGGCCAACAUCUUCCAGAACGCGCGGCUGUGGGACGACGCCCUGACCGUGGCCCGCAUGGCCGUGGAGAUCGCCCCGCACUUCGUCGUCAACCAUUUCACCCUCGCCAACGUCUACAUCGCCAUGGUGAGCCCGCCACCAUGGGAACGGACCAACAUUGUUGUCAUGUCCUGGCCAUGAGUAGUCUGGUUUAGAUCAGUAGUCUGGAUUAGAUCUGUAGUCUGGAUUAGAUCUGUAGUCUGGUUUAGAUCUGUAGUCUGGAUUAGUUCUGUAGUCUGGAUUAGAUCUAUAGUCUGGAUUAGAUCUGUAGUCUGGAUUAGAUCUAUAGUCUGGAUUAGAUCUGUAGUCUGGUUUAGAUCUGUAGUCUGGUUUAGAUCAGUAGUCUGGUUUAGAUCUGUAGUCUGGUUUAGAUCUGUAGUCUGGAUUAGAUCUGUAGUCUGGUUUAGAUCUGUAGUCUGGAUUAGUUCUGUAGUCUGGAUUAGAUCUAUAGUCUGGAUUAGAUCUGUAGUCUGGUUUAGAUCUGUAGUCUGGUUUAAAUGCUUCAUUCCCUUCAAGUGUCAGUGGUUGUGAAGCGGGUCAUUUAUGUUGGUGUUGUGUGUUGUGUGGAAUCUUCUGCUGGUUGCGUGUCAGGUGGGUGUGUUGAAGAAUGCUAAUGCUGUGCUAAUGGGUAUGAGUUGUGUAAAUACUGAUCAGUUGUAUUUAUUGUUCUUUGUUCACUGUGUGUGUGUGUGUGUGUCCCCUUAUACAGGAGGAGUUUGAGAAGGCCAUGCGCUGGUAUGAGUCCACUCUGAGGCUGCAGCCGGAGUUUGCCCCUGCCAAAGACCGCCUGAGAACCAUCCAGUGUUACCUGCUAACCAAGAAGGACCGCCACCUGCCCUAAGACGACUCCACAUGAGAAGCCCUCGGAACACACACACACCACACACACAUACAAAAACAGA